AAAUAGCUGGCGAUUACGAGAUAAAGAGUGUCGAUUACUAGAUAAAGAGCUGAAUUGUUCUGUAUUCCGUUAAAGUGUUUGGAAUCGAAGAAUCCUAUUCCGUCGUGAAUUGAUUUGAAUUGAUUUCUCUGUUUCGGAGUCGUGAAUUCGAAGGAGUAAAGGAGAAUUCUGGAAAAAUGAAGGCCAUGGAGACGAUACAGGAUCUGAUCGAGGAAGCCAAACUCCGGAUGGUGUGGUGGGCGUUGGUUAUCUUUACGGUCACUUACAUCUUGUCUCAUACAAGUACGUCAAUGUGGAUGAAUAUGCCAAUAGCAAUUCUCUUUGUGUCUGCAUUUCGGAUUUUAUCUAAUAAGGUUGAGUUCAGAUGGAAAGUUCAACCAGUUCACAGACAAACUUACUUGUCUCAUUUGGAGAAGAAACAAUUGUCUGUGAAUGAUUCACGGCUGUAUAGUGCACCACCUCUUCCAAAGUGGAAGAGGAAAAUUGAUUCUCCGAUAGUGGAGGCUGAGUUGAAUGAGUUUAUUGAUAAGAUACUUAACGAUUUUGUCAUUGAUCUGUGGUAUAAAGAGAUUACACCAGAUAGGGAGGCCCCUGAGCUAAUUCGUGCGGUUAUCAUGGAUGCCAUUGGUGAAAUAUCAGGGAGAGUGAAGGAGAUAAACCUUGUUGAUUUGCUAACCAGGGAUAUAAUUGUUCUAAUAGGAGAUCAUUUAGAACUUUUUAGAAGAAACCAAACUGCUAUAGGAGUGGAUGUUAUGGGAACAUUGUCUUCAGAGGAGAGGGAUGAAAGGCUAAAACACCAUCUUAUGGUUUCUGAAGGGCUUCAUCCUGCACUCAUAUCCCCUGAGAGUGAGUACAAGUUUCUUCAAAGGCUUAUUGGUGGAGUUUUAGCUAUAGUACUGAGGCCACGAGAAGCUCAAUGUCCUUUGGUUCGAACGAUCGCACGAGAGAUUGUAACUUGCUUGGUGUUGCAACCUAUUUUGAAUUUGGCAAGCCCUGGGUAUACCAAUGAGUUGAUUGAAUUAGUCUUACUUGUCAUUAAAGAGAACAUCACCAAAGGUGGAGGUCAGGAUUGGUCUUUUGGGGGGCUGCAAGGUGGUGAUUCAAACACAAACAAAUUUUCGUCCUCAAGUAAUCAAGGAACUGCUACGACUCUGCCUAAAAUUGAUGAUCAGAGAGAAACAUAUUCAGACUAUAACAUGUAUGAAGAAGAACCAAUGCAGCCACAGCCUGCUGAUUGGGCUCGAAUGUUGGAGGCAGCUACCCAAAGAAGAACUGAAGUUCUUGCUCCUGAAAACCUUGAAAACAUGUGGACAAAGGGAAGAAACUAUAAGAAGAAAGAGAACAAAAAUGUAAAAGCUGGAGUGCACAAACCUAUUUCAAAAGGUUCCACUGUAAAGAGUGCUGUUCCGUCUGCGAAUUUAGGGAAGGAAGUGUCUAACAACAGGACUUGUAUUUCUACUGGAAUGGAAGAGAAAAGUGUGGCGUGGCUAAGAACUCAAUUUAGUCUUGAUGCUCAGUUAAGUAAUGAGAAUGCAAAGGGCCCAGAGUUAUCUGAGGAAUUUAACAAAUCAUGUUCAUUUGAUGGGCAUGGUCUUGUUAAUGAAUUAGAUGAUAGUGGUAAGCAAGCUGCUGAUGGAAAUAAAAUUAGGCUUAAGAGAUCUAAUAGCACCUCUGCUUUGAAAGAUGAACUUGAUAUAAAGAAUGAUUUUAUGGGAGAUGGUGGAGGCCCAAUUAUUUCAGAGUUUUAUAGCCCUGAUUUUGAAAGGCAUAGUCAGGAAUAUAAGGGUAAGAAUGCCUCAAGUAUUGUACUCUGCAGUGAGUUGCAACAUGUUCACAAGCUCAGGUGUCGGGUUAUGGGAGCAUACUUUGAGAAACUUGGAUCAAAAUCAUUUGCAGUUUAUUCGAUUGCAGUGACAGAUACUGAAAACGGAACCUGGUUUGUUAAGAGAAGAUACAGGAACUUUGAACGCUUGCAUCGACAUCUUAAAGACAUUCCAAAUUAUACAUUACAGUUACCUCCCAAAAGGAUAUUCUCAUCAAGCACUGAGGAUGCUUUUGUCCAUCAACGUUGCAUUCAGCUUGACAAAUAUCUGCGAGAUCUAUUGUCUAUAGCUAAUGUUGCUGAGCAGCAUGAAGUGUGGGAUUUUUUAAGUUCUUCCUCGAAGAAUUACUCUUUUGGAAAAUCUUCAUCAGUAAUGAGAACACUUGCAGUGAAUGUUGAUGAUGCUGUGGAUGAUAUUGUACGCCAAUUUAAAGGAGUCUCAGAUGGCUUCAUGCGUAAAGUUGUGGGUCCUCCCUGCAGUGAAGCCUCCUCUUCCAUCAACAGCAGGAACUUGUUGUGGAAUUCGGAUGAGAUACAUAAAGCUGUUUCAAAGCAAAAUAACCUGGCUAUACUGGACAGCACUUCUGAUAAUGAAGGUGAAAAGGAUGGAAGCCAUGGUCAUGAUGAAGACAGAUCUAAUGCACAGGCUAGUGGUUGGCAUUCAGACAACGAGUUAAACUCAAGGAGUUUUCCACGUAGGGUGAUCAAGCGUGGUGGAGAUUCUGGAAACUUUGUAUCUGAGAAACUAGAUUCAGAUUUGCAGGCCAGAUGGAUUGGCCAUGGUGAAUCUAUGUCAGCAAAAUCAUCUUCAACCGCCAACCAUUUUGAAGAUCCAGUUGGAAUGCCACCUGAGUGGACACCUUCUAAUGUUAGUGUACCUUUACUGAAUCUAGUUGAUAAGGUGUUUCAACUUAAGAGAAGAGGCUGGCUGAGAAGGCAGGUCUUUUGGAUAUCAAAGCAGAUAUUACACUUGGUGAUGGAAGAUGCUAUUGAUGAUUUUCUCUUGGGGCAGAUCUAUUGGCUCCGGAAAGAGGAGACUGUUGCCCAAGGGAUUCGGUGGAUUCAAGAUGUUCUCUGGCCAGGAGGCAUAUUCUUCACAAAAGUAGGAAAUACAGAAAAUCAGACUGGUUUUCAGAUGAUGGGCCAAUUUGGUAGCAGUAAGGUCUGUAAGUCAGGAUCAUUUGAGGAACAACUUGAGGCUGCUCGUAGAGCCAGUGACAUCAAAAAGAUGCUUUUUGAUGGAGCUCCAACAGCCUUAGUUAGUUUGAUUGGGACUAAGCAAUACAAGCGAUGUGCAAGAGAUAUUUACUAUUUCACUCAGGUUGAAACUCUCAUUUAUCUCCAUUAAGCUUAGGCUGCAUAGCGACAUUUCUUUUUCAAUUUUCUCGUUUAUUUUGUUUUUGCCCUUCUGUUUUUUUGGGACAACUGACUUUUAUCUAUGGAGUUAUUACCUGUUGCAGUCUACCGUCUGUGUGAAACAACUUGCGUUCGCAAUAUUGGAACUGCUACUCAUGUCAGUUUUCCCAGAGCUGCGGGAUCUUGUACUGGAUCUUCAUGGAAAGAGUCGUGUUAAGCUUGCCUGAAUCCCUGAUGACAAUGAAGCUUAUGAGGUGAUAAUCCUUAUGAAGAAUCCAGAGGGCACUGGAUGCAGUUACCCUGGACACUAUCAGCUUCUGCGACUUCCCAUGCAGCAAUCAUUUUGUUGUGAAUGACAAAAUCCUUGGAGUUCUUUGGAAAUUUAGCUCGCACUCAUUCUGAAUGUACAGGACUGUAGGUUUAGGGUCUGUACAGAUAUCGUCUCCGGUGCUAACAACACCCCCUUCCUAAAUAGGAAUUUUGUGUUGUUUGUAUUGGGACACUCGCGAAAUCAGUUUUACUGAUAUUCAUUCAUCAAUUAAUGGUUUUUGGAAUU